GAGGGCCUCCUACUUCACCGGACCAAAGAUGCGUCCAAUAACUUAUCCAGAAGUCAGCUGCGGCUGGAAGAUGAACCCAUUCCCACCGAAUUGCAGCCGUACUUUAAGCAAGGGAAAAAAACUUACGAAUCAUUCAAGCUGAUUCUGGACAGGACUGCCUGGGAGCCAAUGACUACGAUGUCCGAUGACGUCAUCAAAAUCGCAAGUGCUUACAACAGAGAAAGUGGCAUCAUCUUGUUUUACCUUGAGUCGGUGGUGAACGUCUCAGCUGACGUAGUUUUCCGGGAAGACUGGGAUCACGUGCCAGAUUACCCAAAGUGGAAUCCGAACUUUCUUCACACGGAAGUCGUCCUUGAUAUCACGUCAAAAUGUCGCUUGACUUACCAAGUGACAACCCCGAUGGGGAACGGCCUGAUCUGGAGCAGGGACGCCGUUACCAUCGCGUAUUGGAACAAGGAAGGCGAUGCGACCUACCUCGCCUUCUCCAGCACCUCCUGGCCGGCAUUGCCUCCGUCCAAUCGAUAUGUCAGACUCCUGUUUGGGAAAGCAAGCUUCUUUUGGUCUAAGAUCCUGGAAUCUGUCUCGAACAUGAGAAUAAUUAAUGAGGUGCUGUCCGCUUUUAUUACCACCUAUAAUGAGGCAAGGCGAGACAAAGGACUAUUUGACAACAUGCCUGGCGACGUUCUACCCCCAAGGAUUCGUUAUUCUCCGCUGCCUGGCGAUCCUGAGAAGACCCUCGUCCGGUGGGUCUAUCACGUUGACGUCCAUCUGGCUUUCGUCCCUGCGCAUGUUCUCAACCUCGUCCUCCCUAAGGCCUGCCGGGACAGCUUUACGUACUAUCGGAAACACGCCUUGGUGGAGUGGAAAGGAGAGUGACACUUGCAUUUUGUGUUGCAUAUUAAUCUUAAAUUAAAAGCGCUGCAUGCUCCCAGGACAUGAAAUAACACCGGAGCUCCUGCCUUUCUGCAUCGAACACACCAUGAAAAUUAGAUCUCAUUUCACGAGCUUGCUAAUGUGUUAUUAAAUAUACAGAAGACCCUGAUUUCGAUGCUUUUUACACUGUUUUGUGCCUUCGGGGUUCCGAAAAGAUUAACUCUGAAAGUUACGCGUCUCCCCACUUCACAUUCCCCAUCCUAAAAUACGAAGAAGAACACGACCUCACAUUCACAUUCACA